GGUGCAGAAACUUGCUUACUAGAUAACUAAGUAGUAAUCGGUUAGCCUGGCGAAAACAAGUUUUAGUGUUAAAUCUCUCGAAACGUUACUGUCUCUCUAACCUUAUUCUACAUUAGACUUAAAAUGAGUGACAUUGAAGAUGGCAACUUCGAAGGGCGUGUAAGUAUGGUCGUAUUUCUCAAACAUUGUACUUCUCUUUUCUUGAACCUGUUCUUUCGCUUUCUUAUUUAUUAGCUUGCUAACGCUGUUAGGCUAAUGUUAGCAUUCUGGACGGCGUAAGCUAGUAGCUAGCCUGUAAAGAUACCAUUAAUAAUGCCUCUAAAUGUUUAAAUCAAUCUAAAUCGACGAUUAUGUCAGAUUAAGGUAACCACGUAGUUGUAGAAUAUGUACUCUACAUACGCAAGAAGAUAAACCAAUUAGCUAUAAAUAAAGCUAUGGCGAGGCAUCCUUAACGUUAUCCCAAACAUUGACGUUAACUUAACUAGCUAGCGAACGCUAGGCGAUUUGAAUAAUAGCAUGCGUAGUGCAUAGGCCUAAGUUACAUAACGUUACGUGCAUCAAAAUGCUCUGGCUCUGAGUAUUUAGUUGGUACCCAUGUGUUUAAUUUUGCGAAGGUAACGUUAAGCUGGCAUGGUGCUGCAACGAAUCGUUUGGCUAGUGUAAUCUAGCUUUCGAGCUAGCCUGUAUGGCUUGGCUCGGUCUCGUCUAAUUAUUUUGGACAAUGGCUGCCUAAAUGCGCUAGUGUAACGUUACCUAUCUAGCACUAGAUAUAAUUCCAGCAAGUACACCAGGACAUAAAUGAGAUGUGGGAUAUUAACCAGGUUUUCUAUAUAGUCUUGCAAAGCAUGUGUCCAUCUCAAUAAUUGUUAUGACUGAAGGCUGUUAGAAUUGGCUCUAGAUAGCUAGUUUACGUUACGAUUGAGGGCGUCCUGCAAUAAAAAUGGAUCGCAUAUCGGUAUGCAGGAUAGUGCUAUGUGUUGUCAGUUGCUUCGUCCACUGCCUUUCUUCUGCCUUUCAACAUUCUCUCUGCUUCUUGUUGAAGUUGACCGCUCACCAUCCCAGAUAAUUUUAAUCUGUCAUAAAUCUAAUUUGUUUUAUUUUUGAGCGAUUGAAUGCCCAUUUAACGUUGCUCAGUUUCAACCAAACACCAUGAUCUUAAUUGUACUGAAUGUUCUUUUUUCAUUAAGGUUAUUGGUCGUGAAGGAUUUGAAGAGUUUAAUCCAAGAAUGUGGAAGAAUAUCCAAGAAUAUCAGAAGGCUUAUGAAAAUGUGUACAGAGCAGAACGUAAACAGGGCGGGGGAACAGGACGGAAGAAUGUCAGAUAGAAGGCACGCUCGCGUUAUCGCUCGUAAAGCAUAAGAUGGAAAGAAAAAGGUUUCAAAUUGGGGGAAGAAAUGGAAAACAGAAAGCAAGGCAUGAAAACAGAAAAAACGAAGACCGAAGAACAAUAGAAUGCCUGAAAGAGGGAGUAGGAGGAAUGAAUGUAUCCGUUGACUCACGGUCCCCAUCUAAAUCAGAACGGGGGAGUCCGGCCAAUGCCAAGUCGGACAGCCGCUCUGGUUCCGCAAGUCCUUCCCGAGCCUCCAAACGCUCCGAGUCCAGGUCCCGAUCAAGGUCCAAGUCCAGGUCCCAUUCCCGCAGACACUCCAACCGCCGCUACAGCCGCUCGCGCUCCCACUCCCGCAAGAAGUCCCGUUCCCGCUCCUACUCCCCUGAGUACCGUCGCCGCAAGAGCCAGAGCACCUCGCCCAUGUCCAACCGCCGCAGGCAUGCCGGCAGCAGGGGUUCCCAUGGUCAUGGAAAACAGGACAAAUACUCAGGAGCAGCCACAGGAGGAGGCAUGAGCGCAGGAUGUGAUGAGCUGAGGCAGAAACAGGCCAACCCCGACCCCAACACGUGCCUGGGCGUGUUCGGCCUGAGCCUGUACACCACCGAGCGCGACCUGAGGGAGGUGUUCUCCCGCCACGGGCCCCUCGCCGGCGUCAACGUCGUCUACGACCAGCGCACCGGACGCUCCCGUGGCUUCGCCUUCGUCUACUACGAGCGCAUCGACGACGCCAAAGAGGCGAUGGAGCGAGCCAAUGGGAUGGAGCUGGACGGGCGGCGCAUCAGAGUGGACUAUUCCAUCACCAAGCGGCCCCACACCCCCACACCUGGCAUCUACAUGGGUCGGCCCACACAUAAUGGAGGUGGUGGGGGUGGUGGCGGUAGCAGCAGCAGCAGCAGUGGAGGCAGGAGAAGAGACGACCGUGGUGGGGGCUACGACCGUGGCUACGACCGUGGCGGCGACCGGGGCUAUGACCGUGGCGGCGACCGUGGCUAUGAUCGCUAUGAUGAUCGCAGGCGAUCUCCAUCUCCAUACUACAGUCGAUACAGGUCCCGAUCCCGAUCUCGCUCCUACAGUCCCCGACGAUAUUAAAACUUUUCUUCUAGGCUGGUCCUUCCAAAUGAUGUCUGAUGUCCGGGGACAUUGCCAUCCUGUCUAACAUCAGAGGGUGGUGCUGUUUAUCUAGCUGAAGAGUAUUCUCUCCCCAAGAUGCUUUGUUUAACAUGUCUUCAUUUUUUUUUUUUUAUCUAGUGUUUUCUUUUUUUUUUUUUUCUUUCUUCUUUCUUAUGUGUGGUGUUUUGUUUUAUUGUUGCUGUUGUUUUUCCUACAGUAUGUGAGUUAUGACAACAGCAAGACAAGCGGAGAGGAAAUGCAUUUUUUUUACAUAUAUAUUUCCCCAAGGACAGAAGUGUGUGUGUGUGUGUGAGGGCAAGCACAGUAGAAUAGCUAGGGGCCCACCCUGGCCUGUUUAUUUUUCUGUAAAUGGUUUCUUGUUGGUUGAAAAAGUAUUAAUGUUCCACAGUACUUAUGAGACAGUGAGUCAUCAGCAUGUGUCAGUCUGACUGGCAGCUUAAAAAGAAUGACCUCCUGAAGGUCAUCCUCCUGAAGGUCGUUCUUAAUCUUGGUCAGGGUUCUCGGCACAUCACGGCUGAAGGUCUAGAACUUGUGUAUGUGUGUGUAAGAGAGGGAGAGAUUGAGAUUUGAUUCUGCCAGCAACAUGACAUCCUGAUCGAAUAUUUGCCGCCACUGAACCCCCUCACCUGCACCUGAACCUACACAGAUGUGUUUUUCUUGCGAUUCUUUUGAGUGUACCAUGAAUGUUCUUUUAGGGUUGUGUCCUUUUUCAAGAAAUAAAAAAGGCCUUCCAGCUGCA